UUACUAAAAUAACCACUGCUUUGAUCUCCUUAUACAAUGAAAUUCUCUCGAGUUUCAAGCAAAAUAAUGCAUUUUGGCUUCUUCAGUCAAAAACUUUGAAAGUUUUCUCUGGCCUACACCAAGCCAUUUCACUGCAAGUCGUUGACCAAUGGGGGCUAGGACGGCGUGACAGAGAAUGACCCUUUAGUGCUUGGCGAUCAUUCCCAACUAGUUUCAUGAAAAAGUCUAGACUCGGGAACAAACAGAAAUCAACCGUUAACUUACAGUUAGGACACAGAAAGCGGGCCAUGCUGAACAACUUUGACCAAUCAGAUUCGGCUUGAACCGUUAACAUUUUGAAAAUAAGUUCCAGCCAAUCAGGUUAGGGUGUUCCCACGCUCAAUCGACAGACAAAAAUGGUCGACUACGCGUACGAGGUCAAAGAAACAACGUCAGGCGUUUCUCGUUGGCUGAACAUUUUUUUUUUAAUGUUUACGGUGUCACGCCCAUCCUGAUUGGUCAAAGUUGUUCGGCAUGGCCCGCUUUCUGUGUCAUCACUGUGAUUCAUAUAAUAGCAAACAGAGAAAGGUGAAUUUAUACUCCAACCGCCCCCAUACUCGCUAGGUGGACCAUAAACUCGAUAUUUCAAUGGUUUGGUUUGCAGAGAACGGUUUAAAAUCAGAUAUUAACACUUGUGGUCUAAAUUAAUUCCACUCUUAACGUUGCUGUACUCUCGUAUCUUAAAUUCCCUAAACAGAGGGCACAAAAUGUGGUUCCGUUAAUAUUCUUAACUUGAUUGAAGAAAGUCACAAGUGGAAUUAGCAUAUUUUGGAAAUCGCAUACAACUGAAAUAUAUUUUGCCAACAAUAAUAGCAUUAACAUUUCCUUUCCAUAACUUUAACUAUUUCUGAUGUGCCUAGAAUUAUUGGAAUUCUAAGAUAAUGGCCGCGCGUUUGACUGAUUUUAAAGGACUUGUCAAUUUUUAUUGGAAUAAGUGGGAAGUGGGUGCUUUCGGGCGCAGGUGCAUACUGACCACUUGCAAUCUCACCCACUUACUUAUUGGAAGCGACUAGAAAAUGUCUUCAAUCAUCAUUAAGAGACAAUAUCCAUAUUUUUAUGCCUUAUGAAUAUAUAUAUCAUGAUCACAGCUUGCCUUUGCUUUUGAAAGCAGCCGAUUCGUGAGGAGUUUAUACCACGUUUCACAACGAGAGAAGAAUGAGGCGAUGCAGCUUCAAUUCGUGAGCGAUCAGGAAAUCACUAUCUGUCAAUCAUGAGGCUAUGAGCCAGUCAAAAUACUUAACCACGCGAUAGGCCAACGUCACCACGCAAAAACCAAUGAAAACGAGUCAACGCACAAUGGGCCAAUCAGAACACAUCAUUACGGCUUCUGGGACGAAAGUCGGCAAUCAGAGUGCGGCCUACGGCACAAGUCACGGCUCACAGCAUAAUUUACACAGCCGAGCAUUAACAUAGCGGGAUCCGCGGGACUCGAAGCCACUCGUCAACCCUAACCUGUGUGGCGAAGGGGUUACUCGUAUCCAUGGUAACAGGAGCACACAUACUGGGAAAGAUCUCUCAGUGCAACAAGCAUGAGUAGCGACGGUAGCCAAGCCAUGGAUGUGGAGGUGACGGCGUUCUUAUUCUUGGGGGAGAACACCAUUCCAAGAAAAUGGCUCAUUCGACUCUACCGCUGGCCGUGGUUUGAGCGGAUUAGCAUGGUCAUUAUUCUGGUUAACUGCAUCACACUCGCUAUGUACGAUCCACUCGACAAACGGUGUGAGAAGGUUCGAUGCAACGUUCUCGAGAAAUUCGAGUUUUUCAUCUUUGGCUUCUUCUUGCUGGAAAUGGUCGUCAAGAUGGUUGCUAUGGGCGUUUUUGGUAGCCAUGGUUACCUACAAGACACGUGGAACAAACUGGACUUUGUCAUCAUUGUAAUGGGUGUUAUCGAGAAGUCCCUCCAAGGAAGUGAUUACCUGACCAUCAUCCGCGCUUUCCGAGUCCUUCGUCCAUUACGCGCCAUCAACAAAGUCCCAAGUAUCCGUAUCCUGGUGACGCUACUGCUGGACACUCUGCCCAUGCUUGGGAACGUGCUCCUCCUCUCCUUCCUCGUGUUUUUCGUGUUCGGGAUCAUCGGGGUUCAGCUAUGGCAGGGGAAACUCCGCAAUCGCUGCUUCGCGUCAACCAAUGACACGGCUUUACUGUUAAGCUUCAACCAGUCCGUAUUUUACAAGCCCUCGUUCAUCCAGCCUGACUUUGUGUGCAGUGGUCCUACUAAUACGGGCAUGACGAGCUGCCUAAGUGACAUCCCUCAUAGCUACCUACACGGCAGACAAUGCACGCUACCACCCGAGAACCUGACCUCGAACUCCUCCAACUGUGCGGAUUGGAAUAGUCUAUACAGGGACUGCAGGGAAGAUGGACCGAAUCCAUUCUGGGGGACUAUUUCCUUUGAUAACAUUGCUAUUGCCUGGAUGGUCAUAUUCCAGGUUAUCACUUUAGAAGGCUGGUCCGAUGUCAUGUAUCUCGUGCAGGACACGCACAGCUUCUGGAAUUGGAUUUACUUCAUCAUUCUAAUUGUGAUUGGUGCUUUCUUUCUGGUCAAUCUUUGCCUGGUCGUCAUAACCAUGCAAUUCCAGGAAACCAAAGCACGAGAGAUUGAACUCAUGGAAGAGAACCGCCGACGACAACGAUACCGGUCAAGCCGGUUUAGCUUGUCUUGUCUGGAAAAACUGCGCCGGACAUUUUGUCCUGGUCGCUGCCAGGGGGAGCCAAAAGAACACAUUCAUCACCACCAUCAUCACAUCUAUCAUCAUCAUCAUUUCCACCAUCAUCUCUACGAUUGCUACACUCCCUCCUCCCCAGGACUGGCACUCUCAUCGGACGAGGACAAGUUUUUCGGACAGGACAUUUGCCAACCGGACACCCUUCAGAUCCCCGAGAUAACAAUAGAUGAGGGUGAUAGGAAGGCUUUCUUGCGCCCGCCAGAACAGCUGACAUUAUCUAGAAGGGAAUCCGACACUUCGGUGUGUUCGCAUUCCUUCUCGCUUCACGCCGAGGCGAAGUCGAGUGUUUCUAUUGACGAGAUCCUCACCACGUCGAGCGUGACUCUGACCGUCCCAGGAUCCCCUUCGGGCUUUAUUGCCGCUGCGCACACAUCUGUUCGUGCCACUACGUCACUUCCGGAAGAUAGUAUCUUAAAAGAAAAUAGGGCUUCUUUUCAAACGCGUGCGCAAGCUUUAGCGACCGCUGAGGUAAAUGCCGAUCAGAGGUGUUUGCGUGCUCAGGGAGCGAGACAACGGUCGAGGAACGCUGAAAGCAAAGAACGCAUCCGCGAGAGCCCUACGCUCUCAGGCGCAAAAAUACAAGGGACGUCACGCAAUAUUGAAGCUGUAAGUGUAUGUAGCCCUGGUCUGUCACGGUCCUACACAGGAAGCCCAACAAUUUCUGCUCGUUCUUAUGAAAUGACUGAUAGCGAAGGGUUAAUGUGUGACGUAAGCCCUUCAUUACCUCGACUACGUGUAGUGUCUUGUCACGGCAGUCCUACCAUGUCACGCAAUGCAACUCCUACGGCGCAAAGUCCAAAUUUAUCACGAAGUAAUGAUCAAACUAAUGAGUCACACAACGAGUCACGCGGCGAGAGCCCAAAUCAGUCACGCCAUUCACGGCGUUACAGCCAGCCUUUUGGGCUGAAGGAAGUUAACUGGACACGGAAAACAUCUGAAAAACGACAAAAGAACCGACGGCUUGAUCUCAAAGAGCUCGCCAUCGAGGAGCUACAAGACGAGGAGCCAGAGAGCAAGUUCAGUCUUAGAAAAUUCAGCAUCAAAAAUAAACAAAAAGGGGCUAAAAAUAGCCUCAACGCAUGUACGUCACGUGACGAGAGUAAAGUCACGCGUGCGCGAUGGGGGUCUAGUGAGGACUUAACGCAGGAUCUUAAACGCGAUCUUCAGCUGAGUCUGUCGUCUGACAAGGGAUCCCUGGACUCGCUAUCAAAACAUGCUGAUAUCAAACACGAGGGGAGGAUCAAAAGCACUGAUAACGGCAUGCCCUCCAAGGUCCCGCGGGAUGCCUCGAGGGACAAGCAGAAGAGCAGUGAUAAGGUCACCUCUUCCAAGUGGGACAUGCUACGGGAUGCCUCGCGGGACGCGGGUGACUUCUUCUUGAAUAGAAAUGCUGUGAAAGGAGACAUGUUUCAAGAUGAACCCCUUGCCCUUGCCACAACCGAUGUCGCCGAGCCCCGCCCAAACCCCUUCCUCCUAGAUGAUGACGUAGAUGACAGUGUUUUCGAUUUCCAUCAAAGUGACUCCUAUGACGUGUCUCGGGAUAUGGGCGUGGUACACAGGUUCCGCGCGUUUUGCCGGAGAAUGGCGGAGAGCAGGCACUUCUCGAGACUGAUAAUGAUAGCGAUACUACUGAACAUGAUAUGCAUGGGGCUGGAACACCAUAACCAGCCCCAGGCGCUCACGGUCACGCUGGAAAAGACCAACAUCGUGUUCGUGACGAUCUUCGUGCUUGAGAUGAUCAUUAACGUCAUCAGCUUUGGCAUCAUGGGAUACCUUAGUCAGCUGCAGAACAUCUUUGAUGGAUUUGUUGUCGUCCUCAGCGUGACCGAGCUCCUACUGGAAAAUGGCUACGCGCGUCUCUCCGUGUUCCGUAGCAUCCGUCUGUUGCGCAUCUUUAAGCUGGUCCGUCCUGUCCGUUACCAGCUGCUGGUCGUGAUCCGGACGAUGACGAGUGUCGUGACGUUCUUUGGUCUUCUCUUUCUUUUCAUGUUCGCCUUCGCCAUACUCGGAAUGAAUCUGUUCGGCGGAGAAUUCUAUUUUCCAAACGCAGAGAACAUUUCUGUUCCUGCGAGAACCAGCUUCGACUCGUUCCUCUGGGCCAUGGUGACGGUAUUUCAGAUUUUGACUCAGGAGAACUGGAACCAAGUGAUGUUCAAGGGAAUGCGCGCUACGAGCUACUGGGCAGCUCUCUAUUUUAUCGCCCUGAUGACCGUGGGCUAUUAUGUGUUAUUCAACCUUCUAGUAGCGAUCUUAGUGGAGGGGUUCACAAGCUCUGGGUGCAAGACAUCUGCGAUAAGCCAGGACACAGCCGAAGCCUCUCGACAAAGACACCACAACCAGGCAGACCACCUAAAAGCUCCAUGUCAUCGCAAUCCGCUGACCCUAGUAAAUAAUGAAGCAGGCUCAUAUGACAGAGACCAACACGCUGAGCCCGCGAUGGAUUACUGCGGUCAUGCCUUGCGCAACGCAUUAUUAUCAGGCGCAUCCCCGCAGACCCGGGAUUCAUCUAAGAAAUCCGGGAAGACCUGUAACAGUCGGAAGACCUCACUGGAGAGGUGCCUGUCGAGUGGUCCGGUAGGCGAGCUGUCGUUUACGUUGCCAGAGUUAAAGCAAAUGCGACAGACGUCUAUUUCCCUGCUGAGAAAAACGCGUAGAAAUCCAGGGUCCUCGCGUAUUCCAGGCCAGCCCGUAUAUAACCCGGCAUUUGUCGACGAUGACGUCAUAAAAACUCAGGUACAGAUGAAGGGGUUUUCCCCGAGAAAAUCAAGUAACCUUGACGACGAAGAUAACGUAGAUGAUGAAAAAAUAACUGAGAAGCUGGAGCUAGAGACACCUGAAGGGAACAUACCGGAAGCCUGUAAAACAGUAUUCUUUAAACCGGAAGUAAAAGUAAAGGAAGUCAACAAGCCCGAUAUCAAAUCUUCGAAAAUCAUUCAACCGAAAGUAAUCGAACCGGAAGUAACGUAUGAAGAGAGUUGCGAAGAAAUACCUUAUAUGGCUUACUAUACUCAAGUGGGGGAUGGCAUGCCGAGCGUUAUGAAGGGGAGGCGGCAAAGCACAUUGGUUCAGCCGCGAAAGAAGGUCAGCGUGUUCGCCGUCAGACACGACUGGUCCUUCUUCAUGUUCGCCCCUGACAACCGGUUUCGUCAGCGCAUGCGCGCGGUGUGCAGCCACCGUGCGUUUGAUUACGUCAUCCUGGUCUUUAUCAUAUUCAGCUGCGCAGUGCUUGCGAUAGAGGCUCCCGAUAUCGCCGAGCAGGGACUGAAGCGCCAGAUAAUAGACAUCUCGAUGCUGGUCUUCACCAUCAUAUUCACAAUAGAGAUGUUGAUAAAGCUGGUUGCCAUGGGUCUGGUACUCGGUCCGGGGACUUACCUCAGGGACGGGUGGGACGUUCUGGACGGUUUCCUGGUAAUGGUGUCGUGGAUUGACAUCAUCGUCACCUACACGUCGCAUGUGUCGCCCGAGGUCCUCGGGACUCUGCGGGUCUUUCGAGCGCUGCGGACCCUCAGGCCGCUCAGGGUAAUUCGUCGUGCUCCUGGUCUCAAGCUCGUGGUGCAGACACUUCUCUACUCUCUCAAACCCAUCGGCAACACCGUCCUCAUUGCCGCGAUUUUCUUUGUCAUGUUUGGUAUUCUUGGAGUUCAGCUUUUCAAAGGCAAGUUUUAUUACUGUGAAGGAGAUAGUCACGUGAUCAGCAAGCAGGAGUGCGCCAACAGUACGCGUGGUCAGUGGGUUAACCGCCGCUACAACUUUGACGAUCUACUGCAGGCGCUCAUUUCUCUUUUCGUGGUCUCCACAAAGGACGGAUGGGUUGAAAUAAUGCAUCAUGGGAUAGAUGCAGUGGAUGUCGAUGUUCAGCCAAUAGUGAACUACGCCGAAUGGCGACUAGUCUAUUUCAUACCCUUCCUUCUCCUUGGUGGCUUCCUCGUGCUUAACAUGAUAGUGGGCGUGGUCGUGGAAAACUUCCAGCGCUGCCGUGAAAGAAUGGACGAAGAGGAGCAGGCCAGGCCGCAUAGGAAGGGCAAAAAGGCGCGAAAUCAGAUGCAAGCCGAAGAUUCGCUUUACUACGAGUCGUAUGGCCCGCUUCGCCUCAAGAUCCACUUUAUCUGUACACACAGGAACUGGGAUAUUACUAUCGCGGCCAUUAUAUGCAUCAACGUCAUCUGUAUGUCACUGGAGCAUUACAAGAUGCCACAGUCAUACGAGGUUUUCGUGGAGACGACAAACUACUUCUUCACUUCUGUGUUCGUGAUUGAAGUCGUUGUUAAAGUCAUCGCUCUCGGCUUUGUUAGAUAUCCCAAGGACAGAUGGAACCUCAUCGAUCUGGCUAUCGUGUUGCUGUCUGUGACAGGAAUCGUCCUCGAACUCUUAGUGAAAGUGGAUCAUCUUUUUAACCCGACAGUUAUACGUACUCUGCGCGUGCUCAGAAUCACUCGAGUUCUAAAGCUAGUAAAGCUGGCCAAAGGUGUUCGCUCCCUUCUUGACACUCUCUUCGAAGCUCUGCCUCAGGUAGCCAAUCUUGGAUUGUUAUUCUUUCUGCUCUUUUUUAUCUACUCCUGUCUUGGUAUACAGCUUUUUGGAUCUCUUGAAUGCUCCCAUGACUACCCCUGCCAAGGUUUCAACAGACACGCCCACUUCAGGGAUUUCGGUACCGCUAUGCUGACACUGUUCAGGAUCGCCACGGGAGAUAACUGGAAUGGGAUUCUCAAGGAUACUUUGCGAUCCAAGUGCGAGGACUCCGCUGACUGCAGUAAGAACUGCUGUCUCAGCAGAUACACAUCACCGCUGUACUUCGUCACCUUCGUACUGGCGGCUCAAUUCGUUCUUGUCAACGUAGUUAUUGCUGUUCUGAUGAAGCAUUUAAAGGAAUCCAAAGAGAAGAUAGCCGCCACAAUGGCCGCCAAGGACAUCGAAAAGAAACUUAAGUUACUGACUCUUGUCGCGAGGAAUUUUAUACGCGCGAAAGCGGCGCGAAAAUCGUCUCAGCCAUCACAGGACCUGAACAGACGAAGAUCUGUAGUUGAGCUAGGCUUAGGAGGGAUAGAACUCGCUCAGCUAAAAAGCCAUACGCAGAAAUGGAAAUCAGCAACGCUUUAUCGCGAUGUAGCAAAGGCCGACGCCAUCUUCCAGGAAUACAUGCAUUUGAACGCGAGUUUACGUAAAGCCAAAAUGAAAGCUAUGAGGACGACAUCGAAUAAAAUCGAAAGGACGUCGAGUCUUGUCGAGAGAUCGACAAAGCGUCCUUUGCAGCGAAGGCAUACCAUAUCGGACCUUAAUAGCUUUUCGCCCCAGGCCUCCCCCUCAAUUGCAAAACGGACGGUUUGGAAGUCUGGUAUCGAACUAUAGGUACCCUUCAGAUAUUAGGAAGAACUUUACUCGGUAUCUUUAAAAUUGCGAGCUUUAGAGUUGCUGCGAUAAACCUAGACCAGUCCCGACAAGGGGGUAUCCCCUCCCCCCUCCCCUAGAGCAAUGUCUGUCUGCUACUAGGUGUACUACAACACGUGUCACGUGAUAACCAAGAAUAAUACCGGAAAUGACGAGAGCUCUAUAAGAGAAGAGAAGACUUGAGAUAACAUGUAAAUGAUAAACAGUGAGAUGGAGAAAAUUUUUAAAUAUAAAUAAAUACGUUUUAAAAAAAAAUGGACAUUGAUCUAGGAUCGAACUUGUAAAGCAUGUGCUGAAAAGAAAAAUAGACCAUACAUCCAGACAUCCGCUGAAUCACCGUAUGGCAGCUAAAGCUUUACGGCUAAGCUGGAGAUUUCGGCCCCAGCACCGCUAUCUAGCGAACUGUGUAACACACAGGUACCGAGGCACCCGCGCAUUAAUAGGGAGGCAAUAACCAGGUUCCUAGCCCUUAAGACCUAAGUCUUAUACGGUUACGCCACACACAGCUCGCUGUGACGUAUUGUGAAAAAUAUUGAGGUCUAUCUGGGUGCCUGGGGUCCCUUGGGAAGGACAAUAGCAUGUGCGUAAUUAUCGCAUGCACGUGAAUACUAAUUAUAUUGUGCCGUGCGCAUUGUUUGUCGAGCAAACACAGAAAAAUACUUCGCUUCUCCGAGGACCUUUCUUUAUUUACUACGAUGACAACUCUUUCGACGAUUACUUCGUGGAGAAAUGGAUUGCUAUAACUUUCCGAUUCUUCUUCAAAGUAGUUAAUGUCCAAACAAGUCAUCUAACGUUAAAUAAGGCAAAAAAAAUUGUUCUUAGCGAGUUAUAGCUAACAAAAUAUAGAAUGCGACUUUUUACAAUUUGACGCGACUUUUUUGUGUCAUUCAAUCUAACAGACCACGCGAGUGCGUCUCUUUGAGUCGCCGUUGCCAUGGAGCUUCAGACGGCUGACUCAGUUCUGGCUGAUCACAUGUCUUGACAGGUGUUAUAGAAAGUUAAAAAUCCAUCACAUCGAGACAAUUACCAUAUUUGAACUCCUCGACGGGAUAGCAUUAUUUGACGAGAUUAUUUAUUCACUAGAGGCAAGUAAUUUCCCUUUUUCUGAAAAUAGCAGUGAAAAAAGCAAAGUCUAAUUAACUUUAAGAGGAUUGGAUGUUUACGUCGCUUUUGUUAAAAUGAGUUCGAUGGCGGUUUGUGUUAAUGACGCAUCUCCGCAAACCGUGGAUCACCCACAUAAGGACUCUAUUGAAAGUUUAAGCUUGAAAGGAGUUGGUUUAAGUUCAGUUAAGGAGAGCUCUUCUUUAGCUAACCACAAGAAUACCAAGGAGUUUUUGCAGCCUGAAAAUCGACAGGUUUUGAAAAAUGGGGGCGAUGAUUCAGCCCGUCCUAAUUCCAAUAGAAAUGUCAACAGUACAUUUAUGAGUUCGAGACUUCACAGUGGGAUGUGGGCAGAUAGUUAUGGCUCCUUGACAACGCUACAACACGGUUCACUUUUCAUGCACGGAACGAAAUGCAGUAAUUUAAAGAAAGAGGAUAAAACUUGCGAGGUUAUGAAAGCAGAAGAUAUUGAGAGAAGGCAGAAAUUGAUGUUAUUAAGACAAUCCUCGAGACAUGCUUCAGCAGAUAGGGGAUUUCCGAAGGAGUUGAGAAAUUCUAAUAAGGACGAAAGUGUGAAAGAAUCACAGAGCGUGCCAAAGAGCGUCAGGAAAUAUUCUCUAACGGCUGAUUUACAAAAUCUUCCAAAGAGCCAAAAAAAGAAUUAUUCCCCAGCUUCAUUUCCAACCAAAGGGAAAGAAGUUAGUAUGGUUAGACGAAACCAAGCUCCUAAGAACUUUAUUCUUAGCGCGAAAGGAAGGCGUGCUUUGCGAUGCGUCAUGAGUAGACGGGAUACAAAGGACGAGGUCGAUGAAGAUUACCAGGAAUACGACAUGAAGAACUUGGACAUUUACAGCAAGACUUGCUCGUAUCGCGCCGCUGAUGUGAUAGACGCCGUGGCGAAGGAAAACAUGAGCAACGAAGCGGGUAAUCUGCCGCCCAUAGAGGCCAACAGGUGCACGCUUAGAGCGAAAUAUUCCGCCGGAGAUAUGACAUAUUUACCGCCAAAACCUGUACUGAUGCAGUAUUCGCGGGCGGCCCAAGCGAGUUUGUUUGACUUUGCCUCCAAGCCUAGAAUAUAGCUGAUGAUAUAACGGUAUACUCACGAACUAAACAGUGAAUUAUGUAUAUUAAUAGAUUAUAUCCCUAAGAUAACAGUACUCAUUUAGCAUUAUAGCCCAGGUGAGUUUGUUUGACUUUGCCUCCAAGCCUAAGAGCUUAGCUGAUAUAACAGCAAAGUACGAGUUGUAUAAUAUGCCUUUGGCUUUUGCCUCCAAGCCUAGAAAAGGGCUUAUAUACCUCGCAAAGUAGAGUAAGUCUAUAAUAUUCCCUUUCCUCCAGGCAAAAGGAACACAGUUUUAUGAAAAACUACCUCCCGCCGUUGUUAGACUGAAGGCGACUAACACGUCGAAACCUAAAAUCCAAGAAGAUGCAUAGACAGCUUAGACGGACGGCCCUCCUCUGCUACUGCCCUGGCUAAAUAACCCACUUUUUCACCUAAUUUGGAAUUGUGUAAAAACUAAUCAAAAGACGGCUUGUACACAGUCGCGAAUCUGGGGAAUCUACUUGGGAAAGUGCGAUGCGGCAUACACAAACUUGUCCUGAAGACAUUGAGAUGUUUUCUAUCCAAACAUCUCGAUGUGAACUUUUUGUUCAUGACACGGUGUGACGUUAGUUAUCAGCGGCGUAGCCAAGAGUUUCAACAGGAGGGGGGCCAAAAGGGUUUUAUAUAAUUUCUCAUACAUUUACUAUAUUUUUGGCUGCUAAAAGGGGGGGCCGGACCCCCUACGCCACCCCCCUGGUUAUGAACCUAUUAGGGUGCGGUCAUUAAUUACUGGGGGGAGGGGGGGCAAGCAUUUUGCAAAACCCUGGGCUAAAAAAAUUUGCCCCCCCCCCCUCAAAUCCAAGCCCAAAAAUCGUGACCCCCCCCCCCCCCCCUCCCACACACACACACAUAGAUCGGGCGCCCAGAAAUUUGCACCACCACCUCCACAUUUUUAUAUUCAAUAAUUAUAUCUCUUUAAAACCACAGAGACUUGAUAUGCAUACUGAGUAUAAACUGAAUAUAAACUUUACUAAAAUAGAGAUCAGCUAGCAUGGCAAUUUUGUCCUAUUUAAUUUAUGUAUGAAUCUUCACUUCCCUAGUUUAAAAGUGGCACAGAGAUAAACAACAAAUACCGGUGUCGCUAGAUACGACUACGACGACGACGACAUUAACAAAGACAUUCUAGGUUUCGAUACAUUUUAAAGUAUUCGUUUUGUUUAACUGAUUUUAGAACGGGCAGCUUUGUCUGUCAACCAUGAGAGGGAUUCUCAAAAUUUAUUUAUAUAAAGACAAGAUUUGUACCUGAAAAAUAUGGAACUAGAUAUACAAUAGUAGGAAACAUUGUGAACUGAAUAAAAUUUACAUUUGAACAAUGA